GUUUUCCAUUCCAAAAGACAAACUUUUAAAAAACGAAUGGUUAAAAUCCCUCGAUGUUCAAAAUUUGUAUGAUAAUAAUGUUGUCUGUGAAGAACAUUUUCGUACAGACCAAAUACAAAAAAAAAAAGGAUAUAUUUGAUAAAGUGGGGAAUAUUGUAUGCUCAGUAAGUUAUAGAUGACAUUACGUAGACUACACAUAGUAUUUAGAAAGUAUAUCUCAUGAGUUAUGAAAAAUGAUUGUUUAGGUUCCUUUGUUACGUCCUCGAUUAUUACCUAAUGCAGUUCCUUUUAGGUUUUCUGCAAGGAAAAAAUUAAAGUUUGAUGAUAUCUUCUAAGACCGUGUACUAUAUUAUCGCAAUAUCAGAAAAUUGUUGAUAGGCAUGUUUUUAUCACAUUAAUUUUGUUUGAAUAUCAUAAUAAACAAAUUAUAAAAUAUAUUAUCAGAUUUAUUGUUGUCUUUUCAACAUUUUAAAUAGUUAUUUUUAAACAAUUACAAUGAUUAUCAAGGGAAAACCUAGUCUAAGAUAUGUUGCAUAUACACAUCUGCUACAUACACGUACAAAGUACGUAAAGAAAAACACCAUGCAUUGCAUUGAACUCAUUGAACGUAGUCGAAUAAAGUCUGUCAUAGGUGAUGGCCAAGACAGAAAAACUUAGAAAGUAUCGGAAAUGUUGGGAAACAGAAAAGUGGGCUAAAGGUAAAUAUUAAUGUAUUAAACCUUAGGAUGGUUAAAAGAAGCUGAUCCCGAUGCAAAUAAAAUCGGAGAAGCGUUUUGCAAGAUUUGUCGGUCAUUCCUUAGAGCUCAUUUGACUGAUUUACAAAGACAUGCAAAUACAAAAAUUCACCGUAAAAAAAUUAAAAAUCUGAAUCCUCAACAGUUCAAUCAAGACGUCUUAAGUAAUUUAAUUAUAAUCACUAAUGAACAAAAAGAAUUAGAUUUAAAGUUGUCCCUGUAUGUUGCUACUCAUACUUCCAUAAAAAGUAUAGAUCAUCUUGGAGAAAUACUAAAGGUUAUGGGGAAAAAGAAUAAUUCACCUUUAAGUAAUUUAAAGUUACAUCGAACUAAAUGUUCAACAUUGAUUAUAAAUGUGAUUUCCCCAUCAUUACUUGAAGAGCUCAUUCUGGAUAUAGAUACAACUCCAUAUUCUCUUAUUGUUGAUGAAUCGACCGAUGUCUUUGUAAUUAAGUAUUUAUGUCUGUGUGUAAAAUAUUUCAGUACAAAAAACUUAUGUGUAAAAAUUGAAUUUUUGAAUAUAAUUGAGGUAGAUAAAUGUACAGCUGAAGCUCUCAAUAAUCAUGUUUGUAGUUAUCUUAAUUCUUAAAGAUGUUGGAUUAGAUGUAACUAACUUGGUGGGUAUUGGUACAGAUGGAGCAAAUAAUUUAUGUGGCAAAUAUAACUCCCUUUUUACACUGCUAAAACAAAAAAGUCCUAACUUACAAAUUGUUAGGUGCAUCUGUCAUUCCCUCAAUAAUGCAUUGUCUAAGGCCACUGAACAGUUCCCUAGUAAUAUAGAUUUUAUUUGUAGAGAAAUAUACAACUGGUUUCAUAUAAGCCCACUUAGACGAUUUGAGUAUAAAGCCACGUUUGAUCUCUUAAAUUCAUCUAACAAAAAGUUGUAUCAGUUUAAACAGUUAUCCGGUACUAGAUGACUGGCACGUGCACAUGUAGUUAAUUCAAUUUUAGACAAUUGGCUUGAACUGAAAACUCAUUUCUCCACGGUAAUUUAUAAAGAAAAAUGUUAUAUGGCAAGAGUUAUCAAUGAAAUGCUUCAAGACAAUAUCAACUAUCUUUUUUUAUUAAUUAUUAGACCUAUACUAAAUGAAUUCAACAACUUAAACUUGACUUUUCAAAAAAAUUUUGUGGAUAUAGGUAAAUCAUAUGAUGAUAUAACUAGUUUGUUUAUUUUUUUAGCUAAAAAAAUAAUGAAAGAUUCUAUUGUGACACUUGGUUAUGAAAGUGUUAUUGGAAAUGUAGAUAAUGAUUCAGUAUAUAAUAGUUUCAAUCAUUGUGAUUUUGGUAUAGGAUACAAUAAAGGUCUCUCUAACAUAAUUAUAUCACCCGAAAAUAAGAAUAAUAUUCAAAGUAGGGUAUUUAUGUUUAUAAAACAAUUAUUAUACGAGAUAAAAAAGAAACUACCAGAUAAUCUGAAUCAUUUUAGAAAAUUGCAAUUAUUUUCUCCUUCGCAGUGUCUCAAUCAAUUACAUCCAAGCUUUAUUGAGUUACCUUUUAUUAAUAUAUUUCUUAAGCCAACUGAAUUUGAGUUUUUAUCUAUUCAGUGGGAUAAAUUAGUAACUGUGAAUUGGACAUCAUAUUUAGCCAAAGCCAAAGAUAAAAUUGUUGACAGCUAUCAUUUUUGGGCUGAAGUAUACACAUAUCAAGAUGCAGGGGGCACUUUUAUUUUCAGGCAAUUGUCUGAAUUUGUACUCAAAAUUCUUGUUUUACCUUCCAGUAAUGCCAUAGUUGAAAGAACUUUCUCAAUAAUGAAGUCUAUAAAAACUAAAUCACGUAAUAGGAUUUCUAUACCAAUGUUAGAAGCAUUAUUAAGAAUACGGUGCUAUUUCAUUUCUUCUAAACAUUGUUGUACCAUAUUCACUCCAACAAAAGACAUGUAUAAAAGAUUAAACUCACAAAUUAUGUAUCCUAAACCUGAUGAACUUAAAUCAAACAAUCAAAGUCAUACUGAUAAUAAUCCUGAACUUGAUGAUGAUUUGAUCAAUUUAUUUAAUGAAGUUUGUUUGCCUGAUUUUUAUGAUUAAAAUGUUACUCUUUCAUUGAAAUUUGUAUUAUUACUAUUAUAUUAUAUUAUAUUAAUUAUAUUUAUGUAUUCUAAGGAAAAAUACAACAAACGCUAAACAUUGUUAUUUAAAAGUUGAUAUUCAUAUAGUUUUGAACUAGUCUAAACUACCUAUUUGUGAACAAUGAGACUGUUGUUAUUAAUAUUUAAUUUUAA